AUGAGCUCUACCGAAACGAUCGUAAAGCCUACAAAGGCGAACAUCGGAGUCUUCACGAACCCCGCUCACAAGCUAUGGAUUGAAGAAACCGGACCGACGGUAGAGGACGUACAGAAGGGAGAAAGCCUGAAACCCGGCGAAGUCACUGUUGCUAUCAAGAGCACCGGAAUAUGUGGCUCUGACGUUCACUUCUGGCAUGCAGGCUGCAUCGGACCUAUGAUCGUAGAGGGAGAUCACAUCUUAGGACAUGAGUCGGCAGGGCAAGUCAUCGCCGUACACCCGUCCGUGACACACCUGAAGGUUGGAGACCGAGUCGCGAUAGAGCCAAACAUCAUCUGCAACGCAUGCGAGCCCUGCCUGACUGGUCGAUACAAUGGCUGCGAGAAGGUCGAGUUCCUAUCAACCCCACCCGUCCCAGGUCUGUUGAGGAGAUACGUGAAUCAUCUGGCUAUCUGGUGCCACAAGAUUGGAGACAUGUCAUACGAGAACGGAGCUCUAUUAGAGCCCCUGAGUGUUGCUCUGGCGGGCAUUCAAAGAUGCGGGGUCAAGCUUGGUGAUCCGGUACUUGUCUGUGGUGCUGGGCCGAUUGGAUUGAUCACAUUACUUUGCUGCAAGGCCGCCGGUGCUUGUCCCUUGGUAGUUACCGACAUCGACGAAGGAAGACUCAAAUUCGCCAAGGAGCUCGUCCCGUCAGUCAUAACACACAAGGUAGAGCGGCUGAGCGCUGAAGAGUCAGCGAAGAAGAUAGUGGAAUCCUUCGGCGGCAUCGAACCAGCGAUUGCUUUGGAGUGUACCGGGGUUGAGAGCAGCGUGGCGGCUGCUGUCUGGGCUCUCAAGUUCGGAGGCAAGGUAUUCGUGAUCGGCGUUGGAAAGAACGAGAUCAACUUCCCAUUCAUGCGAGCCAGUACGCGAGAAAUUGACGUACAAUUCCAAUACCGAUACAGCAACACAUGGCCUCGAGCUAUUCGAUUAGUCGAGAAUGGCGUGGUAGACCUUACGAAGCUUGUCACUCAUCGAUUCAAGCUUGAAGAUGCCCUCGAAGCCUUCAACACGGCAGCGGAUCCUAAGACUGGAGCCAUUAAAGUCACAAUGUCGUCCGGUCUCGCACGUCCAAUGCUUCGGCAAUCGGGAGCUUGGAGUCGCAUGGCGGCCCGAAGGUUCGAAUCGACCUCGACACAGAAGGCGACCGAGACAGCAAAGGAGUCGGCGGCAAAAGCUUCUAAGCUCGCUUCCGAGUACGCGUCAAAGGCACAGCAGGGUCUUUCGAGGGUCGCUUCAUCGGCUGGACCGGCUAUCGCAGCCGCGACCAAGGGACUGUCAAAGUCGUUGGGUAGCGUUGGUGGACGUACGGGAAAAUUGGUUACCCUCGUCGAGAAGCAAACCCCCACAGUCGUCUACUACUCGAAGGUCGUAUCAGAGCUCGCCAAGAUCAUCUUCCAAGGCCAGAAGAUGUCACCGCCAUCUCUCGUUACGGUCCAGAGCUACUGGCAGAACGUGUUGAAGUCCGUGCAAAACCCGAGCGCCCUACUCGAGACGGCCAACAAGUUCGCACAGUCGCCCGCAGCCCUCAUGCAGCAAGCGAGAAACAUCAGCAAAACCCAGCUCGCGGUCGGUGGUGUGCUGUUCGCCGAAUGCCUCGGAUUCUUUACUGUCGGCGAGAUGAUCGGCCGCUUCAAGCUUGUCGGGUACCACGGUGACACUCACGCCGCCCACCACUAA